GGUUUUCAAAAUAUUAUGCAUUGAAUUUUCUAAUCGCAAUCAUAGGGGUAUUUACACAUGGGAACGUCUUGUUCAUGCAAUGACAAAUGGUGCAGUAUGGUAUCAAGACUGCAAAAGUCCGCAGAAACAAGAAGAAAACGACGAAGAGAAUGCACUUAUAUAAAUAGACGGCCGAAGAUUUUGCGUAUUCGAAGAAAGACACGCAAUAGAAAAUGCGCAUGCCCUAGCAAAAACGGGCAAGUUAAAAUUCCUAUCAAUAUUGACACUAUAGCAUGUUGCUCACCAAAUGCUGACAGUCAAUCGAAAUGCAGCAAGAUCCAACCAAAAGCCAAUUUAUGUUCACGGGGUACAAACACAUGCUGCCAAAAUACUCAUGAUACGGAAAUUCUAGAUGUGAAUGAAGCAAAACAUGGUUGCGGUCCAAUGGAUGAUAUUAGGAAGAAUAUUUGUAGAUUUACUAUUGAUGCUUAUUUUAUUUAACAAUAGUUAAAAUGUUGUUGCUUGGAAAGAAAGUUGAUUGGUGAAUUUGAAUAAAGUCUUUUAAAAUAAGUUGAGAUUAAAGUUAGCUUAAAGUUGGCUAAAUCAGA